AUGUCCAAACCACUCGUCUCCCACAUCUACACAGCAGACCCCUCAGCCCACGUCUUCAACAACAAACUCUACAUCUACCCCUCCCACGACCGCGAAACAGACAUCGCCUUCAACGACAAUGGCGACCAAUACGACAUGGCCGACUACCACGUCCUCUCCAUGCCAGACAUCACCGGCCCAGUAACAGACCACGGCGUCGUCCUCCGCGACAAAGACAUCCCCUGGGUCUCGAAACAGCUCUGGGCACCAGACGCUGCCACCAAGAAUGGCAAGUUCUACCUGUUCUUCCCGGCCCGCGACCACGACGGCAUCUUCCGAAUUGGCGUCGCUGUCUCCGAGAGCCCUGAAGGCCCGUUCGUGCCGGAGUCGCACUUUCUAGAGGGGAGUUAUAGUAUCGACCCGGCCGUGUUUGUGGAUGAGGAGGCGGGCGGCGAGGCGUAUUUGUAUAUCGGUGGCAUUUGGGGCGGACAGUUGCAAUGUUGGGUUGAGGAUGAGUCCCAGGCUGGAAAUGAAUCUGGGGAGAAGAAGCUCAUCUUCGAUGCGUCCAGAUCAGGACCCCAGGAACCCUCCGGUGAGGGUGUCCCGGCGCUCACGCCGCGCGUGGCGCGCUUGUCGGACGAUAUGUUGAGUCUUGCGACGCCGGUGCGGGAAUUACUGAUUCUGGCGCCCGAGACGGGCUUGCCUCUUCUGGCGGAUGAUCAUGAGAGGCGCUUCUUCGAGGCCGCGUGGAUGCAUCGCUAUAACGGGACGUACUAUUUCUCGUAUUCGACUGGGGAUACGCAUUUCCUGGUCUAUGCUACGGGGUCGUCGCCUUGGGGGCCGUUUACGUAUCGGGGCAGGAUCUUGGAUCCCGUGCUGGGGUGGACGACGCAUCAUUCUAUUGUGGAGUUUAAGGGGAAGUGGUAUCUGUUUUAUCAUGAUUGUGAGUUGUCCAAGGGGGUGGACCAUUUGAGGUCCGUUAAGGUGAGGGAGAUUGUUUAUGAUGAGGCUGGGGAUAUUCAUCUUGCGGAAUGA